ACAGAAGAAAUGCUAAGUUAUUUAUUCUUUCUGUGCGGCCCGGUACCAAAUGACCCACGGACCUAUACCGGCCCGCCGCCCGCAGGUUGAAAACCACCGGUCUAAAGUAUAAUAGAUACUGUAUGUCGUACAUGUUGGUUUGUUAAAGAGCAUUUAACAUGGUUCCGCACUCACGUUUACCCUCCUAUUUCAGACCCCCCCACCCCAUCGAGCUGGAGCUGAAGGCAACUACGUCUGAGCUCUUCUUCUCUCCUGGAUGUUCGAACCCGAGCGAGUCAGGAUGGCGAAUGCUGAGCAAGCCGCGUUGUUUUGCCAGGACGCCGUCUCUGUCCCCCAGCUUUUAGCCUGAGGAAGCGACAGGAAACAAAAGGGGCGUUGAGGAACCCCCCCCCCCCCCCCCCCCCCCUUGGGGUGGACUUUCACACAACGCCGGAUUUGGCUCAACACAGCGGGGAGCAUGUCUGCUUGCAGAGGCCUUCCAUGGACGUGUUCCAUCAUGGCUUUCCUGCUGCUCUGGAUGGGAUUCGUGUCCAUCUGUGCGCUCGCAAUCAAGGGUCAACAGCACCCCGUGGUCACCACCAACUACGGCAAGUUGCGGGGAGUGAAAGUCACACUCCCCAAUGAGAUCCUGGGACCGGUGGAACAGUAUUUGGGGAUCCCGUAUGCAUUGGCCCCAAUAGGGGAACGGCGCUUUCAGGCACCGGAGCCCCCCAUGUCCUGGCCGGGCAUCAGGAAUGCCACUCAGUUUGCUGCCAUUUGUCCGCAGUUUUUGGAAGAUCGCUUCCUACACAACGAUAUGCUCCCCGUGUGGUUCACGGCCAACUUGGAUACACUCGUAACGUACGUGCAAGAGCAGAGCGAAGACUGCCUUUACCUAAACGUCUAUGUGCCCACUGAGGAUGAUAUUCAUGACGAGAACGGAUUAAAGCCGGUCAUGGUUUAUAUUCACGGUGGCUCCUUCAUGGAGGGAACCGGCAACAUGAUUGACGGCAGCAUCCUGGCGAGCUACGGCAACGUCAUUGUCAUCACAAUCAACUACCGUCUCGGCGUUCUGGGCUUUCUGAGCACCGGAGACCAGGCGGCCAAGGGCAACUACGGCCUGCUUGAUCAAAUUCAGGCUCUCAGGUGGAUCAAGGAAAACAUCCAAGCCUUCAAAGGAGACCCAAAACGAGUGACCAUUUUCGGCUCGGGUGCCGGCGCCUCAUGUGUCAGCCUGCUGACCCUCUCGCAUUAUUCAGAAGAUAUGUUCCAGAAAGCUAUCAUCCAGAGCGGCACGGCCCUUUCCAGCUGGGCGGUCAACUACCAGCCCGCCAAGUACACGCGUGCCCUCGCCGAGAAGGUGGGCUGCAACAUGCUAGACACCAUCGACCUGGUGGAGUGCCUGCAGAACAAGAACUACAAGGAGCUGAUUGAGCAGUAUGUGACGCCGGCAAAGUACCACAUCGCCUUUGGCCCCGUCAUCGACGGCGACGUGAUCCCCGACGAUCCCCAAAUCCUCAUGGAGCAAGGCGAGUUCCUCAACUACGACAUCAUGCUGGGCGUCAAUCAAGGCGAGGGAUUCAAGUUCGUCGAUGGGAUCGUGGACAGUGAGGACGGCGUGUCGGCCAACGAUUUCGACUUUGCCGUGUCUGACUUUGUGGACCACCUGUACGGCUACCCCGAGGGCAAGGAUACCCUACGCGAGACCAUCAAGUUCAUGUACACCGACUGGGCAGACAAAGAGAAUCCAGAGAAUCGGCGCAAGACCUUAGUGGCGCUGUUCACAGAUCACCAGUGGGUGGCGCCAGCGGUGGCUACAGCCGAUCUCCAUGCCCAGUACGGCUCGCCCACCUACUUUUACGCCUUUUACCACCACUGUCAGAGCGACAUGAAGCCCAGCUGGGCCGACUCGGCCCACGGUGACGAAGUCCCCUACGUAUUCGGGAUCCCGAUGAUCGGCCCGACGGAUCUCUUUAACUGCAAUUUCUCCAAAAACGACGUGAUGCUGAGUGCUGUCGUCAUGACCUACUGGACUAACUUUGCCAAAACGGGGGACCCGAAUCAGCCAGUCCCACAAGAUACAAAGUUCAUUCACACAAAGCCCAACAGGUUCGAAGAGGUGGCCUGGACAAAGUAUAACCCCAAAGACCAGCUCUACCUUCAUAUUGGUCUCAAGCCUCGCGUACGAGACCACUACCGCGCCACCAAGGUCGCCUUCUGGCUGGAGCUGGUGCCGCAUCUUCACAACAUUAACGAAUUCUUCCAGUACGUGUCCACCACCACCAAAAUACCCCCGCAAGACACCACGCCGUACCCUUACACCAAACGCUUCCCGGGCAAAAACAAUUGGCCUUCGACAACUCGCCAUCCGGGCGUGCCGUCCGGCAACACCAAGCACACCACGGACCCGCGCAAAAGCGACGACCUCAUCGACGAAUCGACCGUGCUGAUCGAGACCAAGCGGGAUUACUCCACCGAGCUGAGCGUCACAAUCGCCGUCGGCGCCUCCCUCCUCUUCUUGAAUAUCUUGGCCUUCGCGGCGCUCUACUACAAAAAAGAUAAGCGGCGCGCCGAUUCCACUCCCCACGCGCCCACCCCGCAGCAUAACUCCACGCCGGUCAACGCGCCGUCCGCCGCUAACGACGUCGCCCACCACCUGCGGAGCGAGGAGCUGGUGACGCUGCAGAUGAAGCAGCAGCAACUGGAACACGAGCACCAGCGCGAGGCCAUGCAAGUCCACGACACGCUGCGCCUCGCCUGCCCGCCCGACUACACCCUCACGUUGCGACGCUCGCCCGACGACAUCCCGCUGAUGACGCCGAGCACCAUCACCAUGAUCCCAAACUCGCUGGCUGGCAUGCAGCCGCUGCACAACUUCAAUACUUUUGCCGGCAGCCAGAACAGUACCAACCUGCCGCACGGCCAUUCCACCACACGGGUAUAGCUCCGUUGGGGUCGGACCGUACCGGAAAAACCCCCGCUGUGAGCGCGAGAACCGAUUUGACAAAAAAAAAAAAGGCAAAGGGAAGUGACGAGAAGCACAGACUCAAGAAAAUUUCAGGUUGAAGUUAUUUUGCUAAGCUGCCUUCUUGACAAAGCAUAUACAGGAAAUAUUGAUGUCUUUUUAACAAAGACAAUCGGAAUUGUGAAUGUCUCUGUCGUAAUAACGGUUUGGAGCUGAGCUUCAUGGAGUUUUAUCAACAGAAAAAAAAAAAAAGGACAGCAAAUGACUGAAUUGCUUUUCAUCUUGUUAAAAAAAUAAAAUAAA